GCAUCAACAAUGAAAAAUAAUAAUAAUAAACCUCAAAACAUGUUGAUGCAUUAAUUGUUUCAAUGCUAUUCAUUUGGUGUGCAUAAAAAAUUAACACACCGUGCAUGACUAACAUUUCUAUUUUUAAAACCAACUCAACUUUUUUAACAAGCCGAAAACACUUGGCUUGCGAAGAUGAAUUCCUAAUGGAUUCCUAUUAUCAGAUUGCAUUUCAAUAGUGUGCAGAUUUUUUUGUUUGUUUGGUUUUUUGGGGGGUGGGGGGGGGGGGGUGUUGUCUCGUAAACUUCAGAGCUAAGACAUGAUAAGUAAUUUCAUUUUGAGGAUGCCAGUGGCGGUUCCAGCGCCUGGCACACGCACUCUCCCUUUGAUGACAGAUAAUAUCUUUUUUUUUUUAAAUAUAGAAAUAUGUAAAUAUAUGCAAACGUUUUAUUAAGUCAGUAGUUUUAGGAGGCUUCAACCCUGGGCCCUCAAGUGCUACGACUUCGCCCUAGGGUCUCAAGACAGGCUAGCUGUUAAUCCCCCCCCCCUCCCUGUUCGGAAAUUUCUGGAUCCGCCACAGUAGACUAUAAAGAAAAUUAUAUCUUUUCCUACACCACUUGAAAAUUAUUUUAUUAUGAUAGAAAUAAUCAGGACACAAAUCUCUCUCUUCUUUUUUCGGAGGUAACAAAUGGUCAUCCAGGUGGUACAUAUAGAGGGGAAAUACUAUCUAUUCAGUUUAAAGACCGAGAAUGUCGAGGAUUACAGCCCCAUUCGUACCUUGACCCUGUCCGACUUCAGGAAGUGAAUGCUAAAUGAGAGUCGCAGGGCCUUAAAAUCUGAGGCCCCGUGUCGCGAUAGGCGUGGCCUUGAGCGCAAUGCAUACACUAUAACACAUUUUCCGAUGGAGGAAAUAGUGUCGACAGUUAGAGAGUUUCUACAGAACCAAGCACCACCCUAUCAACUGGAACUUACGAUCUGGAUUCGAAAUGAUAAUGCCAACAACGAGGACUGCCCUCGCCCUUGCCUUUGUCAAAAAUACGGAUGGAGUGUUGAAAAAGACGAACCAGUGGAUGGUAUUUUCAAUGUACAUUCAACACAAACACACAAGGAUAUUUCGACUGAGGCAGCAAGUCAGUCAAGUUCGAUAGUAAAGGUAGAGAGACAAGAGGUUAGUAAGAAAACAAGAGUGAAACAGGAAGUGACAUCAUCCACGACAAGAAUAGAACAAACGUCACUCAUCGCCUCUGAACUUUCAAAUGCAGCACCAUCUAUCAGUGACUUUAUGCCCACAGAAAUAAAUAUCCUACAGAAUCAGAAUUCUGAAACAAACCUGCAAAUCUGUGAAGGCCAGGUAAAUAAUUCCCGUACAGAGGUACAAUUUCAAAGCAUCCACUCAACGCUAGUGGAACUCUGCAGUGGAAUUAAGAAAAUCGAAGAAAACAGAUCUCCCAGUAAGGAACAAAGAAAACGGCUACCCACAGCCAUUCGUAAAGUUGCAAACAAAUAUCAGCAUGCCUUUGCGUAUGCAUUCAUUCGUCAAUUUGGACGGUUGCUUCAGCUGGAUGACAAAGACUUGGAUGAAGUGGAACAAUAUUCGGCUUAUGGAACGAAAGAAGUUUUUUGGCAAACCAUCAGGAUGUGGUUAGAGAACUCAGACUCCCAUCACAUGACGGUGUCUUACCUUAUGACAGCGCUCUCCGAAUGUGGAGUAAAUCUAAAAGACAAAGGAAAACAAAUGUCAAACGCUGACAAAACAAUUUUACGAGGCAAAAUGGCGACUUUAAUGGAGAAUAUAAAACCGGUCGAAAGUCUCAUACCUUAUCUGUGUUCACGUCAUCUACUUUGUGAAGUCACCAAGGCAUACGUCAUUGCUCCCAAGACAUCAGAUUUGAAGAUCAACAGAUUGGUUGAUAUCCUGAUGACUAAAGAAAAUGGAUUGAUUGAUUUCUGUUCCGUUCUUCGCGACGGAGGAUACAGCUUCAUAGCAGACGAGAUUGAAGAGGAGAGAUCUGCCUCUGUUUCAAAACCUGCAAUAACUUCCCGCCUAUCUUCCUCUUCGAGUUCAACUUCGUAUUCUUCUGUCUCUCUACGGGAAUCCCCAUCAGACUCGGCGCACCUUGCAAGAAUUGCUGCAGAAUACAAGCAGACACACAGUAGUUCGUCUUCCAUAUUCCGUAAAGGUUCUGAUACCUCCAUAUCUACAACAGCUAAGGUGGCAGCUGUUUCUCCCCAGAUUCAAAGGAAAUUGACAUCAACCUCCGGUGACAUCACAAUCAAAGCUGAAACUGAUCAAGAACGAUCACUAGAGUCAGAUAAAAUCAUUACCAAUGAAACAACCGGUAUUAUUUUGAAAGAAGACCAAAGAAAAUGCGUGUGCAAUCUCCGGUCAUACCAAAACGAGGGACCAAAACAAAAGUCAAAACAUAAUUGCUGCGUUCUGAUGUGAGAAAAUGAUUGCUCAAAAUAAUUCAUGGAUACUUCUGAGAAAAUCUAAAGUAUCAGGCGGGAUUUCUAAGAUGAGUGGUUUGUAAAAGAGAAAAUCAGAAAAACCGGUGUUGCAGUCCGAAAAUAUUACCAAAGUAAAUAAUAGCAUACGCCUUCAAGAAAAGUUUUGAAAUUUGAUUUAUCUUGGAUAAUGGCAAUGAGUUGGGAAGCUCUAUUAAUCUUUAGACUAAAAUAAUCAAAUGUAUUGUGAAGUUGCUUUCAUUCCAUGGAAUUUUAGCUUCAUCUUGCUUAUUUGUUUUCUGUGAGAGUCAAAGAAAAAUUUCGAUGAUUGAACUGGUUAAAUGGACCAAAAACAAACUGUUUGAAAAAAAGACCCACACCAAAUACAUGUUCAUUAGCAUAAAUAUGACAAUUCAGUUCUUUUUGUUAUAAUUCAGUUCUUUUUGUUAUACAUUCAAAGGCAUUGAAGAUUACAGUAUAACCAAGGUUGUAUAUUUAUCUUGUUUUUCUUUUUUAAAUUUUUUGUAUCAUUGUAUCUUGUAUCAUUUUUAUGAACUGUUUUGUACAAGUAUAGUUUUUGUUACUAUGUGAACAAAUUUGCGGAGAAUCGUGUAACUAGAUUUUUUUAUAUCGAAUAUGAAACAGUUUUAUACAAUACGGUUUUUAAUUUGUACUAGAAAAUAACCAUGCUUCGAAGGAAGAAUACAUUCCAGAAUGGUUAAUUCCUUCUCUCCUUAAAUUGUAAUGUACUUUGUAAAAUUUCUCUUUUAAAGAAGAAAGGAAAAAAACCCACAUCUCCUGUCACAGUAACUUUGUGUCAGGCUCUACAAGUAGUUACUAAUCUUACGAAAAACAAGAGAAAUUGUUUCAGAUAAAUUUCGUCACCUACAUGUUUGAAGGAAUAUGUCCAUUAAGGACUUUUACUACAUGUAAUAUCAUAGUGAUCAUAUUAUUUUCAAUUGCAUUUCUUUAUCAAAUAUGAUUUGCGGUAUUCAGUCUCCUCGAUGAAUAUCUAAUAUGAUAGUACAAAAUAUUCAUUAACAUAUACAUUACUAACGUUUUUGCCUUUGAUAUCUUUACAAAUUGUAAUGAUAGCCAUUUCCUCAUGAACGCGCUGCAGCUGUAAACAAUGCGCGUAAGAAUACAGAUCUACUUGAUGAAUAUAGUACUUCAAUUUUAACGGCAGGGAAUGAAUGAAAGCAGAAUAUAAGAAAUAAAUUUCAUGUUUGAAAUUACACGAUGGUAUGAACUAAAUCACUUCAUGCCAGCAUACUUUUCAUGAAGUGCUACAAGAAGUAUGUUGGCGUGAAGCGUUGCAGUUCAUAUCCUCAUGUAUUUUACAAAGUUAAAUUUAUUUCUUAAUUGAAAUCUUCAUAAUAUAUCAUUUUUCUAUUAUUUCUUUUUGAUAUUGAAAUAAAACCCAUUACUUCAUGUUCUCUAUUCUUGUAAUGGUUAUCUAAGAAAACCCUAUUGUGUUCAAUGGACAUAUGCCAACUUAUUUCAUCAUAGCCGCGCUUAACGAUAUAUUUCUACGUGAAGCGGCGCAGUUCAUACCCUCGUAUAUUUUUGAAAUUCAUUUCUUAAUUGAAUUCUGCAUAAUACAUCAGUUUUCGUUUGUUUCUUUUUGAUAUUGAAAUAAAACACAUCACUUCAUGUUUUAUAUUUUUAUUUUGGUUACCUAAGAAAACCCUAUUGUGUUCAAUGGCAAACUGUCCUACACAAACAUACAUGUAUCUUUAAAAAGUGUACGUAUCUAGUAUUUUAUCAUAGUCACUAUACAUUAGUUGUAGUAUAUUAUUAUGCAGAUAUAUAUUUGUUAUCACAUACAUUAUAUUUAUCAAAUAAAAUAAUAAACAAGUC